AUGGCAUACAAGAUUCCCAUCAACGAGAGAUUUGGUGCCAAGGUUCUUUCUUUUUCAAAGUUACAUGAAACAAUAAGCGAUAUUAGGAGUAAGCUGAGCGAAGAUCAGCUGACUUUGUUUAGGGGAACCUGUUUUGGUACUUUCUUACAACUGAAAAACAUUAAAUGGGCUCCACAGAUUGUACACCAACUCCUCCUUCGGCAAGUACAAUCAAAAGAGGAUGAAAAGAAAGGGAAGUUGGUGUUUUUGAUUGGUGGAAGAGAAACUAGUUUUUCAAUAAGGGAAUUUAACCUCAUAACUGGAUUGAGGUGUCAUUCCCUACCAGACAUCUCAUUAUAUUUGAAAGAGAUGGAGAAGUCUGGUGAACCUAGGGUGGGCUUGCAGAAUAAGUAUUUCAAUGGAAGCUAUCAUAUUUCAUGCCAAGAGUUACGAAUGACUUUUAUGCAGUGCCAAGAUCCAGAAGAUGUAUAUAAGUUGGCACUUGUAUAUUUUGUUGAGUAUGUACUCUUAGGUAGAGAUGUGAAGCUGUUGAUUGAUGUUGAUUUCUUGAAUCUGGUUGAUUAUGUUGAUGAGUUCAACAAGUACCCAUGGGGGACUUUGUCCUACAAGAAGACAAUACAGUCCCUAACUAAUUGUCUUGUUGGAAGGUCCGACAAAUUUAAGGCCAAGCAGAAUGAUUUUGAAUGGUACAAUCUAUUGGGCUUUCCUUGGGCUUUCCAACUAUGGGUAUACGAGGUUAUUCCAAGUAUUGCAGCAAGUUUUGCAGACUGUGUUGAUCUGAAUUUGUUGCCUAGAAUGUUGAAAUGGUCAUCAACUAAGGUUACAGUCUUUGAAAUGGUUAACACACACUCAGAAAGUGAGCAAGACUAUACAUUUAAUUGUGAAGGGAAUGUUGGUGUCUUGUUAAAGAAGGCAAAGAAAGCCAAGCAACCCAUUCAGCACCCUGGAGCUGACUCUGAUGUCAGUUCAGUUAAAAAGUCAGAUGAUACAUUUGAGAUGGGAUUGCUUGUGAGUUCGUUGAUCAGGGGAUUGGUCAAGGAUACUCUUGCUGCAUUAGAAAAUAAACUGGAUGAGAAGAUAAAUGAUAUCUCGGUGGGGAUUAAGAGGAAGAUUGUGAAGAUGAGGGCGAUAAAAAAGGGGAAGCAUGUAAAGAAAAAUACUCUGAGAAGGAGCUCACGUUUAAUGCCGAAGGCAGCCAAAGAAAUAUCAGAGUUACAAGAGUUGGAGAAGAAGAAAAAAGUGGGUUUGGAAGAGCUGAUUUCCAGGAGAAAGAAGGCUUCAAUGAAGAAGAAGCCUUCUUUAAAUGAUGAUAAAGAUGAAGUUGAAGCUGAGCAGGUGGAAAUUGGGCACCUGGAGAAGGGUGAUAUAACAUUCAUCGAGGGGGACGAGAACUUGGCAACUGAAUCCAAAGAAGUUUUUGAUAAAGUUAUUAGCGAUAUUAUUGAAAAGGUGGAUCAGUUGCCAACUGAAACAACCGAUGAUGAUGAUGAUGCAGAUAGAUUUUAUGUUGCCCCCCAUGUCGAUGAGAUUGUUGAUGAUGAUGAUCGUCAUCUUGAUAAUCCUUCUGUAGCAAUUGAGAAGGGUCACAGUGUUGAUAUCAAGGUUGAUGAUAAAGUUGAUAAUUACCAGUUUGAAGUUGAUAACAGUGAACUUAAGGUUGAUAACCUUACGUUUAUGGUUGACCACACGGUUGCAACGACUUCAGAUAAGGUUGAUACCAAUGAAUUUAUGGUUGGUAUCUCUGAAGUUAAGGUUGAUCAACCUGAUGAACUGGUUGAUGCCUCAGUCGAAGAAAUGGUUGAUGGGAGUAGUUCAAUUGCUAAUGAGGAGGAUGAUACUGAUGCGAAUAAAUUACGUUUGUUGGCAAAGCUUGCAACAGAAGGUCAACAGUAUCAGAGCAAAAGAUUGAAGAAGAGGGGUUCGUACCAAGUGUCACCAUAUACUGACCCUUCCAAGAAGAAGAGAAAGAUCCUCCCAGAGUUCAAUCCUAUUUCAGAGUUUCCUAACGAAUGGGAAGUUGAAAUGAAUGAAUUCUUUAAGAAUCCCAUCAAUCAUGAUAAGACAAUUGAUCUAAAAACAAUUGAUGCAAAAAAGGAUUGGUUUGAUACAAUCAUCGACCAAAGCAAGUGGCUACUAGACACGCAUCUUGACGUUGCAUUCGAGUUCAUUCGUAAAAGAAUGUCUGAGAAUACUGAUAUUUUCAGACAAAAAUGUGCGAUUAUGGAUACACCUUUUCAUACAUAUCUCAACAUCCGUUACAAAUUGCACGAAGAGAACAAUGAGCCUUCACAUUGGGACCGUGAUGAUCUUCUACUGCAUUUUGUUGACGGAUCUAAGGAAAAUAUGGUCUCUUGGUCCAAUUUGGAUAGGGUUUAUUUCCCAAUUAAUAUAACUGCUGAUCAUUGGGCUGCUGGUGUGAUAGACCUUCAAGAAAAGAGGAUCAUUUGUUAUGAUUCACUUAUCAAGCACACCAGACAGGAGACAUUUAGUAAUGAAAUGAAAUCCAUUGCAACAUUGAUCCCCAAGAUGCUGAAGCGGGCCAACGUCAUCGACGAUGAAUCUCCAUGGACCAUAGAGCGUCAACCUGAAGUUCCUCAACAACAAAAUGGUUCGGACUGCGGCAUGUUCUGUAUAAAAUUCAUAGAGAUUCUCUCAGCCGAUAAGGACGUGACCAUUUUGAAACCUGAGAACAUGGGAUUUAUUAGGAAAAAAUUUGCAGUCGAGACAUGGAAAAUGGGCACGAUGAGAAUGUAA